AAGUGACCCUGGGAUGAACGGGAAACAGAAGACCCUCUUCCAGACCUGGGGCUCCAGCCUCCCUUCUGACAGCAGGUUACCCAAAGGGUCCAAGAGUAAGAAGGGGACAGCUGCCGGCGAUAAGAGGGGGAAACCCAAAGCAGGAGGGUAUGGGGGGCUGGCUAAUUGGGCCCCUACAUCUUCCAGACAGCCCGCUCCCCCUCCGCCACCUCUGUGUGAGGAAGAGGAUGAUGAUGAUGAUGUGCUUCUGGUAGCGGUAUAUGAGGCUGAGAAAAGCUUAAAUCAAACUGCGAGCAGCGAACCAAGAUCUUCAGACCCAUCCUGGAGCAACGGUCAAGACGCUAAUAGAACCCAACGUAGGACCUCGGAUCAGAACCGAUGUGUAUCACCUGCCCACGAGCGAAUUCUGCCUGGAGAUGCACGCCAAUCCUCGGAAAAACAUGGGCACGAUGCCACCGACGCAUUUGGCCAAAGGCGCUCGAUGGACCGUGGGGGCAGUUCUAUGGGUACCGGUUAUGAUCUUUCGGCAACUAACAUCCAGAACUUGCCUGGGUUUGAUUUAUCCGCCGGGAACGUGUGGAUCUACCCGACCAAUUUCCCGGUGCGAGAGUAUCAAUUCAGCAUGGCGCACACUGCCUUGUUGGAGAACACCUUGGUGUGUCUUCCCACCGGCCUGGGGAAAACCUUCAUUGCAGCCGUGGUGAUGUAUAACUUCUACCGCUGGUACCCCUCGGGCAAGAUUGUCUUCAUGGCGCCCACCAAGCCAUUAGUGGCCCAACAGAUUGAGGCCUGCUUUAAAGUCAUGGGCAUUCCGCAGGGCCACAUGGCGGAGAUGACAGGGUCCAUCCAGGCUCAGAACCGUAAAGAAAUGUGGGGAAAAUACAGGGUUUUUUUCUUAACGCCUCAAAUCAUGGUGAACGAUCUCACGCGCGGUGCCUGUCCUGCCUCCGAGAUCAAGUGCCUUGUCAUAGAUGAAGCCCAUAAAGCAUUGGGCAAUCAUGCGUACUGCCAAGUUGUCAGGGAGCUGUUCAACUACACCAAUCAGUUUCGGAUUUUAGCGCUAAGUGCCACACCGGGAAGCGACGCAAAGUCGGUGCAGCAGGUCGUGUCGAACCUGCUGAUCGCGCGGAUCGAGCUGCGCUCCGAGGACUCCCCGGAUAUCCGGCCGUACUCGCACGAGAGGCAGCUCGAGAAGUUUGUGGUUCCGCUCGGAGAAGAACUGGAAGCCGUGCAGAAAUUGUACCUAAAGAUCCUGGAGACCUUUGCCGGACGUCUACUUCAAAUGAACCUGUUGCUGAAGAGAGAUAUCCACUGCCUGACGAAAUACCAGAUCGUUUUAUAUCGAGACCAGUUCAGGAAGGAUCCACCAGCAAACAUUGUGGGAGCGCAACAGGGGGCAAUCGAAGGAGAUUUUGCUUUAUGUAUAAGCCUAUACCAUGGAUACGAGCUUCUUCUACAGAUGGGAACUCGAUCGUUGUACAGCUAUCUCCGGACCAUAAUGGAUGGAUCUAAAGGCAUGACCCGAGCACGGAAUGAACUUGGUCGGAACUGCGACUUCAUGGAGCUCUAUGAGAAGCUGGAGACCAUGUUCUACGACCCCAACAGCACCGGGAGCACCGGAGGUCUUCUCUUCAACACCAGUCUAAGAUCUGAAGUGAAAAAGCCGUUCAUAUACAGCCAUCCAAAACUAAAGAAGUUGGAGGAAGUCGUUGUUCAGCAUUUCAAAUCUUGGAAUAAAAACAAAAACCAGAGCGCCCCCGACCAAAGUCCAGAAGACACUCGCGUUAUGAUCUUCUCGUCCUUCCGAGACAGCGUCCAAGAAAUUGCAGAGAUGCUCGACCAACACCACCCAACGGUUCGAGUGAUGACCUUCGUGGGACACUCAAGCACCGGCAAAGGUGUAAAGGGCUUCACUCAGAAAGAACAGCUCGAGGUGGUAAAGCGAUUCCGUGAAGGCGGAUAUAAUACUCUAGUCUCCACUUGCGUGGGGGAAGAAGGCCUGGACAUUGGCGAGGUGGAUCUGAUCAUUUGUUUCGACGCCCAGAAGAGUCCGAUUCGUCUCGUGCAGAGAAUGGGCCGAACCGGAAGGAAACGCCAAGGACGGAUUGUCGUCAUACUGUGUCAGGGACGCGAGGAGCGGACCUAUAACCAGAGCCAAAGCAACAAGAGGAGCAUCUACAAGGCGAUGCUGGGGAAUAAUCAAACUCUUCAGCUCAGUAAUCAAAGUCCCCGCAUGGUUCCGGAAGGGUUAAAUCCCAAAGUCCACAAGAUGUUCAUCACUCAGGGGGCUUACGAGACGAAGGACAGUCUGCGUCCUUCCCUCAAAGACAGGAGGUCCAGCCUUGGACACCGCAAAUCGAUAUUUAAUAGCGAAGCGGACGCUAUUAAAGAAGGCUGGUGUAUGACACAUUCGGAAUUUAACUCCUGGAAGACAUUGUACCGGCUCCAGGAAUCGGAUGGAAUUACCGAUGUGGUGCUGCCAAAAACACAGUUUGAGUGCUUCAGACUUCCCGUUGAAAGGACUGUAAGUCUGGGGGGCCAGGUAUGCUAAACAAGAAAGUGUUUAUAGAUUUUAAAAAAGGAGUCUAUAUGUAUAAAAACUCAGCGGGAAGAGACCCC